CGGAGAAAUAAUUAAGUGGAAAAAUAAAAACGUUAUGCAGUGCGAGUGUGAACACCUGUGCACUUGUAUUGUCAAUCGAACAGUAUGGCUCAUUACUAGGAAUGGUGUACUGAAAUUGUCUGUCGCUUAAAAGACAAAUCUAGGAGAUAUUAGCCUUUGAUUUCCCCUUGGGUUAUUCAAAAUAAUCCAGAAACAUCAUCGAUACAACUUUUUUUUCUCCAAGCAAAAACUGGGAUUUACUGGGAGAAAAAGAUAGUGGAAAAUGAGUCCACAUGAGAACACAAAAUAGGGAAAAUUUGGGGCUUAUUUUUCGGAAUUGUUGAGCUGCUGGAAAUUUAAAAGAAUAUACUGUGCAAUUUUCAUAAGAAGACUAGAACGUCAAGCUGCCCUUGAAAUAUCGGCGAUUACUCGCCAUGACAAUCCAGAGCUUUAUUGAAUUUUCCAGAUGAAUGGAAACUUUAAUGAACGAUGUGGUACACAAUGAAGUUUAAAGGGGAAUUGUCCCAUUAAAAAACCGUUAACAAUGAGAUUGAUGCAAUGAAUGGGUCUUCUAAGUGGUGUAGUUCAAUUCUAUUAUUUUCAUGUAUCAUAGGACGAAUGAUACUAGGAUCAGCUGGUGAAAAAUGAUGACUGCAAUGGCGAGAUUACCCUGUAAAUCAACGAGUACUCAACAGCAACCGCCAUUUCCACAGGGCAACAAUAGUAACGGUAAUAACAACCGAAAUUAUUGGGAUAUGCAGAUACAGCCAUCGGCACCAUCGACCUAUACUAGGGCUCAACAUCGCCCGAUCAUUGAUCAUACUGCAGCUUUCCUUUUCAUUUCAGGCAAAAGAAAGAGCGCAGUGGAAUUGCUGCAAGAAUCAAAAGCCUUCUACGUAAAAAGUGAAAUAGUUUUGGAUAGAAAGCAAGAGCUGAAGAAUAGUGGACAUCUUCAAGUUGCUCGGUCAAUAAACACCAGUACAGCACCUCGACUGUUAAGGCAGUGUAAAAAUUCACCUUCAUGUACUCGUAAUCUUCAGCAACAGCAGCAGCAGCAGCAGCAGCAACAGCAACUCCAACAGCAGCAGCAGUCGCAACAGCAACAGCAACAGCAGCAACCGCAGCAACCGCAGCAGCAACAGCAACAACAACCACAACAACAACAACCACAAGUAUCACCACCACCACAACAACAACAUCACCAUCAUUACCAUCAUCACCAUCAUUUAGCGAUGAUCUGUAGUGGUCCUGGUUCUGGUUCUGGUUCUGGUUCGAUUGGUUGCUGUCGUUCGAUAUUGAUACCAACGUGCGGAGAUAGGGGCGAUGCUGUUUUGAGUCCUCAACGUACACUGCCACCGGCAUUACCGCCAAAGAGUCCCAGACUGAUAUCAGCACCACAGCGACGGGGAAUAACUGGCCUUCAAAGUGGAGUGGUGGGUGAUCAACUUCAAACAAAAUUACGUAAACUGUUGAAUACAGAUAGCAAAGAGAACAUUCAUUUUGUCGAUACCCCAGGAUCACCAAGUAGCCAUGGGGUAUAUGACUGCGGCAGCGGUAGCAACAAUGCCACAACACUUCCACCGAAAUCUCUAUCCUCAUCCUCAUCUCCAUUGCCAUCUCCAACCGCUCAAUUAUCUCCUAUUGUUAAUUGUCAAUUAUCACCUCCAUCGGCACAAUCGAAUCAUGAAAUACGAUUGAAAUUUGGUAGAAGUAAUUCUCAUUCGCAUACAUCGACAAAAACUAAUGAUAAAUCAAAUAGUGGAGUGAGUUCACCACCAACGAUUUGCCAGACUACUAUUUGCCAUAAAUCAUUACCCGAUCUUCAUAAAACUGCACGCAGUCGGACAUCUUUGUCGUCGAGCAAACCGAUUCAUAUUAAUUAUCGUGAUGAUUGCCCUGAUUGUGAAACGAGUUCGGAUUAUUCUGAUCACAGUUUCAAGAGAGAUUCUGUUUGUAAUAAAAGUUCGAGACACAUGAGAAGAUCUCUUGGCUCGUCGGGGGGUAACGAUACAAGCAGUAUUUUAUCAUCGGGUGGACGUACUCAGAAGUCAUCAGGCUCAAGUAAACUCAGUCAUGGGGCAACAGCGAGGGAUUCAGGGGGUUCUUCAGGGCACUGCACUCAUCGCAGUGAACCCCCACCUAGAAUGCAAGAAUGUUGGGGACAAAUACGACGAGACAGUGGAGCUUCUACACAACAUUCCAACGAAAAAUAUCGGUUUAGGAGAGGCAGCAGUCAUGCAAGUGCUCCCAAUGAAAAUCCAUCAUCAAUUUUGACGACUUUCAAUUGUCAUGAUCAUUCCGAUAGCAGUAAUAGCCCCAUUGAUUACAGUCCAACGUGUAAUUCAAGAUUCUCAGACGGAUGGAAAGAGGGACGUGCUCGUCCAAUUUUACGCUCAAAAUCUGAUAUUAGUGAUCGCUACUGGCGAUACGAUAGUAAUGAUAGGAGCUAUGAGCGCAAAAAACAAAAGCAACAGUUGCAACAACAACAACAGCAACAACAACAGCAACAGCAACAGCAACAGCAACUAUUACCAUCACCGCCACCACCACCGCCACAGCAAUUACGACCACCAAAGUCCGGCAUUGAAUUGGAAAAUUUCUUUGAUCGUCUCGGUCUUGAUUCGGAUAAUUACCAAUAUGUAACUGUACCAACAUCAAAUACCUCUUCUCCCGUAUUUUUUGAUAGUGUCAGUUCUGUUGAUUCAGCACUUGGAUUAUAUCCGUGGUCUGGUAAUAAUCAAACAAGCAGCAAUAAUGACGGACACUGGCAGGGAAAUAAUUGCAGCGCAGGAAAUGAAGAAACUAGUCAGAGAGUGAGUGAUCCACCGAGUAUCGUUGAGAGAAACGCUAGAAUAAUAAAAUGGUUGUGUCAAUGCCGAAAGAUACAAUUUAGUUACAGUUAGAUAGAGGGAAAAAAGAGGUAAAAAAAAACUGGUGCUCAUUUUUAAAUUACAUGUUCUCUAUUCACUGCACGUGCCAUCACAGCUUGUCAUUAGUCCUUUUUUUCUUCAUUAAAAAUGCUUUUUUCUUCAGUCGUACAUAGAUCACCUUUUUUUUCUUCAUUUUCAAAAGUCAGAGUAAUUGAAUUGAACAAUUGAACAAUUAUAGUCAUUGAAAAUUAUUUAUUAACCGUUUCAUCUCAUGUUUUUUGCUUUUAUUCAGAGAUAUAUUGUAGUUAUUCUGUUGAUUAAUAAUUCUUGAUGUUGAAAUUUGCUAUUAUUAUACGGUAACAAAUUAAUGAAUGAGCAUUGAGAAUUACUUGUGUAAAUUGAAAAUAUUUAAGAGACGGCAAAAAGAUCAGAGGGAGAGUAAUUUACAUAAUGAUAAAUAUUUACUGGAGAGAUUUGAAAUUUUAUUGGUGUAUUGAGACGGAGAAGGAGAAGAUAACUAUCUAUUCAUAGUAAUUUUUAUCUUUGUGUACUCUCCUUUGUCCACUUAAUUUUUUAAAAAGAAAGAAAUAAAAAAAUUGUCACGCAUUUUUCGAUUCUUGUGAUUCAGAUAUUAGUAAUGAAUAAUUAUGUGUUAAUUUCUAUCUGUAUAUAUUUCAAUUCCGGUGUGCAAUAACCGGCGAAAUGCAUGCGGGCAACGACCAGUUACUGCACCCUAAAGUAUAAAAUGUAUUUUGACAAUAUAGUUUUCCAAAACGAAAGAUGUUUUAAAAAUAAUUAAGGAAAAUGCCUUGGAAAAAUGUGAAAAAAACUCAAUUAAUUGUUGAUUAUCCAUAAAUGUGUUUUGAGAAAAAAAUAAUGGAUCAUUUCACGUAGCCAUUACGAUUAAGAUCAAAAGUUGCGUGUUGACAUUCCGAGAAUACAAUGAAUUGAAAAGUGAUUGUUUGAAGAAAUAUAUUUAAUGAUGAUAUACAUA